AUGUUCUACGGGGAGAAGCCGAACCUUAGCCACUUGCAGGUGUUUGGGGCGCGGGCCUACAUCCACGUGCCAAAAGGAAACCGGAAGAAGAUGGAGCCCGUGAGUGAGCGAGGGGUGUUUUUGGAGUACGAGCUCAACUCUAAGUCCUACCGGGUCCUCCGAGAGCGGGAUGGUAGGGUUUUGACUUCCCGCAACGUCAUUGUGGAUGAGCGUGGGCCCUUCGUGAUCCUUGAGCUUGGCUCCGAUCCGGGGAAGGAGGAGGGGGGUGCUCGCGGCCCUAGUCGUGUGAGCCCCCCAACUCGGAUGGGUGUAGGGGCUACCCCUACGGGGGAGGCCGGCACCGGGAGCGAGAAGUCCGUUAAAACGGAUGAAGAAGAGACGGCGGAGCGAAGAUACCCCGCUAGAGCGAGGCGGGCGCCCGGGGAGUGGUAUCGGGCGAAUUUGGCAGCGGAAACGGGGGAGCACCCCAAGAGAUUGGGGGAGCAUCCGAAGCCGCAAACCUAUCAAGAAGCCGUAGGGGGCGAAGAGAGUGAGCUUUGGCGGAACUCGAUGGACGAGGACAUGCGGUCCUUGUUGGAGAACGGGACGUGGGAGAUCGUCGAAAAACCGGAAGGGGUAGAGCCGGUUCCCAUGACGUGGGUUUACAAGAUUAAGCGGGAUGCGCUUGGGAACGUGGGCGGUAUAUGUCUCGCGUGGUGGCGAAAGGGUACUUGCAAAAGCACUGUUGAGAUACGCGCAUUUAGGGACCGAAUCUCUGG